AUGGAAGCCACACAAAAAGAACUGAGCGAGGCCAAAAAGCAGUUAGAUAAGAAUGAAAGCAUUAUUAAGAAGAAUGAAACUGAUAUUGCUAAACUAUAUGAUGAACUAAGCAAAGGUGCCGAAAUUUUAACGGAAGAGCAAAUCAAAUCCAAAAAUAAUAGUUUAAGAGCAGCCACCGCUCCGGUGGUCUAUGUGUGUAGUGGGUUUGAUGGCGAUGCCACAGUUAAUUAUGUUAGGGGUUCAGAUGGUGAGAGGGAUACUAAUACUGUUAGUAAGUCACAAAAUAAACUCAAUCAUUUACUCAGCGACAACCAAGAGAAAAUAAUUAAACGAUUGGAAGAUUUAGAAAAGAAAACUGGACAACUCCAGCCUAUAGACCGCAUUAAAGAUACGCAAAAAUUAAGUCCCGAAGAAUUAAAAGACUUAUUAGACAAAGCUCGCCAGGCUUCUCCGGAAGAAAGAAAAAGGAUAAUGGAUGAGAUUAUUACUAAAACCCGUCAGGAACAAGAGGCAAUUAAUAAGAUAUUGCAAGAAGAUAGAAAUAAGCAAGAAAAGAAAAUGUUAAAAACUUUGGAAGAGGCCAAACAAGCCGAACAGCAAGGUGAUAAAAUUAAAGCGUCUCAACUAUUUGCCGAGGCUCGUCAACAUCAGCAAACUAUUAAUACUCAAAAUGAAUUAAUUGCCGAGUUAAAGAAAAAGCAAGUUGAAAGGGAAAAAAUGGCUAAGGAAUUAACUCAGGAAAUAGAUAACCCCUGGUAUAAAGAUUUGAAUUUCUCUUCAUGGCAGGUUUGGAUAAUUUUGCUGGCUAUCACUAACCCCCGUUGUCAAGGUAAAGAAAUAGAAAAUGGCCUAGCCAAAGAAGGUAAUUAUUUUGUCGGAGGCGAGUGUAAUUAUGGAGGACAGCAUAAAAUGAGUGAUGACUUAAAGCAAAUUAAUCAGAAUUUUAGGGCUUUUGAUGUUUUAGAUGAAAGUGGAGUUGGUUUCUUCUACGGCUCUUGCGUCGGUCUUGAUGAACAAUUACAUAAAUUUCAAGGGAAAUUAAAACAAUUAGAUAAACUAAACACAGAGGCCACCCAACUAACUGAAGAUUGGAAAAAUGAAAAAGACCCGAUAAAAAAAGCUAAAUUAUUUGCUCUUCUUAGUCAAAAAAAUCAAGAAAUCAAAAGACUAAGAGAAGAAUUAAAAACUGACCCUACUUUUGCUAUUUUUACUCAGGAAAAAAAUGAUGAGUUGGCUAAUAUUGUGAAGAAUAUUUUUCAAGGGAAUGCUAGUUUUUUUAGUUGGAAGAAGAAAGGGGAUAAGGGUAAAAAUAACGAAGGUUUACAAUCAAAGAAAUAUUUAGGUUUUAUCCCCCAUGAGACCGGCAAAAAUGCUUUGUUAAUUACUGGGGGAUUAUUAGGAUUAUUUUUAAUUUGGAGAUUAGUUAGAAAAAAGUUGGAUAAGGAGCACAAGGAGGCACAGAUUAAAGCCACUCGCGGCUGGGAGGCCGACAGUAGUCAUUAUAAUGUACAGGGGCGUCCCGAGGUUAAUGAUUGCAUGGAAGUCGAAGGAGUAGAUGAACCGAACUCUUUUCCCGGAAAGUUACUUUUCUCUCCAGAAAUCACUAAUUUUUUUAAAGAUAUUCUACAAGACAUCGAAGAUCUAGUCAGAUUUGGUGAAGUUAACCCAGAACUAGACGAAAAACAAGAUGGCAAUCAUCUUCAUUUCAAAAGACGCAAUAUGGUCAUGUAUGGAGCUCCUGGUACCGGAAAAACUGAAUUUAUUAAGCAAUUAGCUCAUCCUAAUAAUCCUAAUUAUGAAUUAUUACAAGAAAUUGAAAGGAAGCCGCCUUGUAUUAUUCAGAUUGAUGGUUCGACCUUAGCAACUGGCGGAAAAGCUAUGCCCGGUGGCGGUCAGCCUGAUUCUUAUCAAAAAUUAGUGGCUAUUAUUAAAAAGGCUAAAGAGGAAUAUUAUGGCGAUCCUUAUAGCAAAAAACCUUAUAUUGUUUUCGUGGAAGAAGCUGACCAAGGACUUAAUGUUAUGACCUCAGGUAUGGCCGAAUUAAAAGGGGAAGCCCAAGACAAAAACAGUUGCAUUAUUAUUGCUACCAAUAAUUACGAGAUAAUUGACCCCGCUUUAUUUCGCCGCGAUAAUAAUCCCGAGCCUGAGGAAUUAUAUAAAGUAUGUACCAAGAUUGGUUUUGAUGUAGCCAAGACGGAAUUAGCUAAGAAUUUACCGAUUAUAAUUAAUUCUUGGCAAAGACUAAACGAAAAAGAACGAAAAAUUAAGGAGCAAGAAUUAGAUUAUCUUAAUAACGCCAAGAAAAUUCAGAGAUACGAUUAUGGUCAUGCUUAUCGGAUGGAGGAGUUGCAGAGAGCUUUAAUAAGCAACUUAUGUAAUAAUUUAAUUGCUUUCAAAAAUGCUCUGGAAAAUAGGUUAAGUGAAAUAAGGGGAGAAUUAGCGGCUAAUUUUCAAGAGAUAAGUCAGUUGCGGGGAGAUUUAACAAUUCUGAAAUCCGAAUUGAAGCAAGCCGAGCAAAAUGUUGAAAAUAUUAAGAAUAAGACCAAUAUGAUUAUUGAACGACUAACUAACCAAAUGAAUUUAAAUAAUCAAAAUAUUGCCCGUGAUUUAAGUAGUGGCAUCAGUAGUUUGCAGUUCCAGAUUAACAAAUUGACCGGGAUUAGCGAACAAUUGGCUAGUAAAAUUAGUAGUAGCACUAGUUCUUCCAGUAGUGGUGGGGUUUCGGUGGAAGAAUAUAAUCAGUCGGUUCGUAAGUAUAAUAGUCUACAAAGCAAGAUUAGUCAACAUUUAGAUAGAAUUACCAGGAAAUUUAGUAUGCCUAAAGAAAUAAAAAAGUGGUUUACAAAAAAAACAGAAUAUUUACUAAACGCUAAACAAGCAGGGGAAGCAUUGGAAUUAUUAUCUAGUCUAGAAGAUAAUAGUGUAGAUCUUAUUUUCUUGGAUCCGCAAUAUGAAAAAGUAGCUAAUGUAUUGAAAUUGGCUUAUCCUUUAUAUCCCCAAAGUGAUUAUCAAAUAAUGAGAAUAAUUGAACAAGAGAAUCAAUUAGCCGUUAGCCAAAAAAAGCAUCCUCACCAAAAACCCAAAGGACUAAUAAAAGCUCUGGUGGAAGCUACCACAAUAGAAGGAGAUUUAAUUGUUGAUCCGGAGUUAGGGAGAGAUUAUUUAGGGUGUGAUUUGACUUUUCAAGAAAUGGAAAAAUUUCUGGCCUCCUAA